CCAGUGAAAUGGAAGUUCCAGAUGGGGUUCCGAAUGAUAGUGUUAAUUACACAUGGCACUGCGAUGCCCUGUGGUGGAUAAUAUAGAAGAGGUAUCGAUGGUAAUACUUGACCCCACGAGUACACUGAACUACACAGUUGGAAAGAUUCUCGGAAGCUUUGGUUGGGAAAGUUUUCUCUGAAACGAACCCGUUUUAUUUUUCUGUGUUCGUCUCAUGAAAAUUACUUAAUAUUGGUGUGUUUGAUGUGGAGUAUAGAUGAAAGGUUGUGUCUGCUGCUGAAAAAUUCCCUCGUAUUACGUGUAUGGACGCGCACGCUUUGUAGGGUUUGGAGUGUUGCAUAUAUAUAUAUCUACUGUAAAGAUGACGAUGCUUUAGGCUCGACCUAACAACGGUAGAUUCCGUAUGUGUAUAGACACAGGCUAUAUGUUAUAUAUACAUGUGCGUCCUGAGACUCAGUCGUAAAUGUCCACCUCGUGUAUUGUAACAGCUCGUGUGUAUUUCCUAUAUUGUUGUUUAUAAAUAGAAUGACGCAAAGAAUAUGUUCCAUUACUAAUUGUGUAUUGGGAAAACCUGGAAUUAUACAUCAGGACUGACAUUUCAUCAUACUGUGGUGUGUCGCUGAACGGACGUCGUCGUGGUCAACAGCUCCAGGUGAGUUUUGUACAGACAAUCACAGCAGAUACGAUAUCAAUAGUGAGAGAGAAGGUAUCAGACAGGGUCGUCUAAGGCAGUCCCACACAUUCCUCCCGCCGUUAAUUAUAUAUAACCGACAUGCUUCUCGUGGCUGCGAAAGUGCCUGGGACGGUGUAUGUGGCUACUCCCCAUUCUCACGUUUGCCUGGAUCAUAUCUUGGUGUUUUGUGACAUACGGGAUUGCGGUGGCAAAUAAUCACACCUUUCCAGUUUUCCCGUACAUCAGCUAUACUGCGGUGGAGACUCCGGAGCGAGGAAUUUUCACAAUUACCAUAGCUACUGGGGCUAUAUUUCUUGCCGCUAAUGCAGAAAUGCAAUAUCUUUUUAUCAAGAAGCUGUUAUUUAAACAUCGCCCUGCAGAGUCGUUUAAUCUGAAAAGAUGGGUAAAUACAAACCGAGCAGGUCUCUGUCUUGGAAUGAUUUCCGGUUUAGGUUUGCUGUUCGUCGCUUGUUUCCAGGUAGAUACGAUGAAGCCGCCACACUACGCAGGCGCAUUCAUGUGUUUUGGGGCAGCCAUGGUGUACGCAUGGAUACAAGCCAUCAUCACGUGGAAAAUACGUCAGUUUGACAUCAUCAAACACAAAGGAAGGCGGGCAUUCUUGAUAACACAGAUCUGCCAGAUUGCCAGCAGUGUUGUAUCGACAAUACUUUUCAUCACGUUUGCUGUUUCUAAGUAUAAAUACAACAAGGGCAGGGAUGACGGGCUUGGUACGAAAUGGGAUACACUCCGCGCGGUAUUCCUGGUGUCCACUAUCUCGGAGUGGCUGCUCACUUUCUCCGUAACUUUAUUCCUGCUUACCUUCAUACCGGGGUUCUGUAUGUUCUCGCACACCCGCAUCGAAAUUGAAUUCAAACCAUCUCAUUCUGAAAAUGGCGAGGUACGUCUAGGAAAUGGACGCGAGAACACCGACCAUACUGUCCUCAUGGAAACACGGAAUACCCAAAGUGUGCCGAACGAUUUAUAAAAAAGGCCUCUUAUUAUUAUUAAAAAAGAGAAUUUAUGUUAAUGAUGUGUUUUGCAUGAGAUAUAUCUCAUGUAUAUGUAUAUAUUUGAUAUUGUGCUCUUUUGGCAGUUAAAGUGAUAUUACUCCUGUGACAUAUUACGUAUUUUUUAUAUAUAAAUCUAAUGUCUGUUAAUACUGUAUACUGCCUAAACUACUGGUCAUAAAGAUCCUGCUGUCUCUUCUUUUUUCCUGUUAAAAUCGAAAUAUGCAUCAUGUGUAUAUAUACAAUAAAUUGGCAUUUCCUUUAUUGAAAUCAUUGUAAUACUAGUAACUAAUGGGACGACGGCUUACGCCUGUCAUUUACCAUCACACAGAACAGUCUGGGGUGUGUAUAUAUGACACGUGAUUAUGUAACACAUGUAGUUGAAUUAUGAGAUAUUUUAUAGUGAGAAGUCUGGAUAAUGAAUUGGCUGAAUGGUGAGAUGGUUGAAGCAUUGUAAUAUGACUGAAUGGCUGGGUGAGAGGGUUAUAUUGCCAGACGGUUGAAUGAUGAGAAACCUAAUUUUUGCGAUGAUGUUGAAAAAGGUACAAAAAUAAUUCCGUAAAACGGGUCAGGAUGAAUCUCCUGUAGUCAUAACUUUGCGAUAUGAAGAGAAUUUCAUAUAUAUAUAUAUAUUUUGUAGUUCGUCAUUUCCGGUGUAUACUGCUUGUGCAAUCAAAAUUAUAAUCUUUUCUGGAAAUUUCACGUGUGUGUACAAUAAUCAAUACAUUCAAACUAAUAUUCUUACAGAAGUGUCAUUAAACAUAUAUACAGAUGUAUG